AUGUACGCUCCGGGUCAAGACCAACAGGCUUACCAACAGCCUCCGGGCUUUCAACCGCCUGGAUUUGUUCAGCCAGGUGCUCCACAAGCGGGAUAUGCCCCUCAGCCGGGAUAUCCUCAACAAAAUUACGCUCAACCGGCACCACAAGCACCAUUCCCUCAGUCGGCGUCUCCGCAGGGCUUCCAGCAGCCGGCUUUUCAACCAGCACCACUGCCUCAGGCUCCCGUUUCGCACAGUUACACUCCCCAAGCGCGAGGUUUUGAUCCUGGAUGGAAUGAUCCUCCAACCACCGUGACCAAUGCUCACAAAAAUAGAUUACAGAAGAUGAAGAGACCGCUGGAUCCUACAAUCACGGUGAGAUUAUUUUCUUUUUUGAUUUCAAUUUUAGGAUAAGGUCAAGGGUAGUAUAAAAGAUCUUCUUAAUUGAUCUUAAACUGGUGUCGUUUUGAAGUAUCCUCGUUAUCUUGCUCUGUGGACUGUUUAUUUUGUUCUUAUAGACCAAAAUCUAUUCUUUUGCCACUUUUAUCUUUAUCUGAUACCUAAAAAUUUAAUUUUAUUCUUGCAGAAUCCAAGCAGCUAUGGAGGUGGCGGAUAUGGUGGGUAUGGUCAGCAAUCCUAUGGUCAAAAUCCUUAUACUCAGCCAGCUGGAAAUCCGGGUCUAACUCAGCAGGGAUCGUUUGAUCAACAUCAACAAGGUCAAUAUGGAGGUCAACAACAACAACCAGGCUAUGGAGGUUAUCAACAACAGGUACCAGCUUUUUUUUUACUUUGAAAGGCAGAUUUGAUUGUCCUUGAUGUUGUUGGGACAGCUUAAUAUAUACUUGUUUUUUCAGGCGCCAGCUCCGGUCCAGCAGGGUUACCAGCCUCAACAAGGACAACAAAGUCCACAAGUACGCUAAGAUUAUUAUUUACAACUCUUGUGUAGCAAUUUCCUUGUCUUUUUUCCCGUUCUUUGGUCUUUUUCCGAUUCAAUAAAGUCUUUCUGACCUUUUCUUUACAGCAAACGCCAUAUGGUCAGUCCAUUCCACCGUCUGGUCAGCAGGCCCCUCAGACCUUCCAAGCCCCUCCCUCUGGCCAAGUCUCCCCAACUGGACAGGCGCCCGGGUUCCCUCAACAACCCCAAUAUGGUCAACAAACCGCGCAAGGUUAUCCCAGCCAAUCGCCAGCUGCCCAACCUGGAGCUCCUGGAUUCCCACAACAGCAGGUUGGCUAUGGACAAGCCCCCGCUAGCCAGUCGCCCGUAGGCCAGCCAGGAGCGCCAGGAUUCGCCCAGCAACAAUAUGGCCAGCCAAGUCAACCAGGAGCUCCUCCCGCUAGCCAAGCACAAGCUGGAUUUGCUAGCCAAAGCCCUGCCGGCCAACCUGGAGCUCCAGGGUUCCCUCAGGCUCAAUUUGGACAACAAGCACCUCCUGCUAGCCAAGCCCAACCCGGAUUUCCCAGCCAAUCUCCGGCUGGACAACCUGGUGCUCCUGGAUUUGCUCAAUAUGGGCAAAAUCAGCAAGGAUAUGGCCAACAAGCGCCGACAUCUCAAGCAUAUGGCCAACAGCCUCCAACAUCUCAAGGAUAUCCUCCGGCUAGCGCUGCAAGCCAACCCCCGGCUAGUCAAGCGCAAUUUCAAGGAUUUGCACCCCAAACUUCAGCCCCAACUUCACUGCCAGCUGGAAUUCAAAGCCAACCCGGGUAUAAUCCAGCGCCUAGUGCUCCAGUGCCUUCUCAACCAGCCCAGGCGGAAACAAAUUUGCUGGACAUCCUAGCUCAGCCAAAUUCAGCGCCACAGAGCCAAGGUCCGACCUCUGGAAUCACUCCACAAAAUAUUGGAUUUAUGCCGGCCCAGCAAGGAUUCCAGCCACCUUCUGCUCCAGGAGCCCCUCCUCCGGCCCAGUUACCCCCUGCAAGCAUCCCUAGUGUCCUGCCGAGUGUCCCUGGCACGCCCGGAGCAACCCAAUCCGGUCCUCCGUCAGCUGGAUUGCCUCCAAAUUUCUCGAGCUAUAACCCCGUAGGCAACACUCCCGCUCCAACACCGGCUUGUGGACUCCCUCAGCCAAGUUAUCCACCAGCCCCGACGGCUCCAGCUCAACUCCAGCAAACCCAACCACCUUAUAGUCAAUUCCAACCAAUCCAGCCCGGCCUAUACCCCCAACAAACACCAUACGGACAACCACAGCGACUGUAA